GACAACGCCGACAGUAACAACAGUCAUUCUAUCUGAAACAUUCACACUACUGAGACUAAAUAUUUCACAUAAAAUACGAAAAUCAGCUGAAAGUAUCAUACGUCGAUAAAAUGUCUCGAGAGGAAGCAAGCAAACAAAUUGACAAAGAAUUGGAUUUGUCUAAUGCGGGCCGAGGAGUGUGGCUAGUUAAGGUACCCAAAUACAUAGCAAAUAAAUGGGAAAAAGCAUCGGGAACGACAGAGGUAGGGAAACUGAAAAUAUCAAAACAACAUGGACAAAAGGCUCAAGUAUCAUUAACGCUGUCUGAUGCAGUCAUCAAUCUAGACCCACACGAACGGAUACCCAAAGAGCAUCGCCUCGAUGUUUCGGUCGUGACCAAACAGACAUUGGGAGUAUUUUCGCACAUGAUACCUGGCAAAUCCGAUGACGGUGUGAUACCUGAAUGUGAGAAACUGUUUAUGGAAGGAAGAAUCGUCCAGAAGUUGGAAUGCCGACCCGAUGCGGAUCCGUUGUAUAUGCAACUGAAGCGAGAGUCGAUCAAAAAGGCUUCGGUGCCAGUGCGAAAAGUUCAAUCGCUGGACAAAAUCGUACAGAACUACAAGCCGAUCUCGGACCACAAACACAACAUUGAGUAUAAGGAACGCAAAAAGAACGAAGGCAAAAAGGCUCGUGACGAUAAGAAUGCCGUACUGGACAUGCUGUUCAAUGCAUUCGAAAAGCAUCAGUACUAUAAUAUCAAAGAUUUGGUGAAGGUGACCCGACAGCCGAUCGGAUAUUUGAAAGAAAUUCUGAAGGAAGUGUGCGAUUACAACAUGAAGAAUCCGCACAAGAACAUGUGGGAGUUGAAGAAGGAGUAUCGGCACUACAAGUCCGAUGAGAAAAAGGAAGACAAGCCGGCGGACAGUGAUAGCGAUUAAAUGGGUUCAUCGCUGCCGAUCAGGCAAACAUUUUGUUAGCAAAAAAAGCAUUUGUUACCUUUCCUAACAAGCACGAAAUAUAUUUCUAUUUUGCAAACA